GCGCGACCCACGUGAAUUCGCAGCACGUCGUGGGGGAACCUCCGGAUUGAGUCUCUCCUCUCGAGGUGGGGACUGCCGGGAAUCCCCGAACCGGACCCCCAACUUCGGGCAAACUUUGUAGGCGCGUCUCCCCUCCCCCACGCGGCGCGCCGGGGGCCCCGGGGAUGCGGCCCCCUGGCCGCCGCGACGUCCCCUCGGCGCGCCCCGCGCUGCCGCUGCUGCUGCUGCUGCUGUCGCCGCUGCUGCUUGGGGCGCCGCACGGCGUGGGCGCGAGUAGCGGCGCUCCGGCCGAGCUGCGGGUUCGUGUGAGGCUGCCCGACGGCCAGGUGACUGAGGAGAGUCUGCAAGCGGACAGCGACGCCGACAGCAUCAGCCUUGAUCUGCGCAAACCGGACGGCACUCUCAUCUCCUUCAUCGCGGAUUUCAAGAAGGAUGUGAAGAUCUUCCGAGCCCUGAUCCUGGGGGAGCUGGAGAAGGGGCAAAGUCAGUUCCAGGCACUCUGCUUUGUCACACGACUGUACCACAAUGAGAUCAUCCCCAGUGAGGCCAUGGCCAAGCUCCGGCAGAAAAACCCCCGCGCGGUGCGGCAGGCUGAAGAAGUGCGCGGUCUGGAGCAGCUACACAUGGACAUUGCCGUUAACUUCAGUCAGGGAGGCCUGCUGAGUCCCCAUCUCCGCAACGUGUGUGCCGAGGCCACCGAUGCCAUCUACACGCGCCAGGAGGAUGCCCAGUUCUGGACAGAGCGAGGUGUGGACAGUUCUGUGUUCGAGCCUCUGCUCAAGGAGUUAGAACAGGUGGAAUUACCUCGUUGUGGACAAGUGGGGGACCGAGGAAAGCCCUGCAUCUGCCAUUACAGUCUGAGCCUGGCCUGGUACCCCUGCAUGCUCAAGUACUGCCACAGCCGUGACCGGCCAGCGCCCUACAAGUGUGGUAUCCGAAGCUGCAGAAAAAGCUACCGCUUUGACUUCUAUGUACCUCAGAGGCAGUUGUGCCUCUGGGAUGAGGACCCCUAACUGCAGGACCCAGGACCAAGGACCCAGGAUGGAUGCUUGGGCCCGCAAGUCCUUCACUGACCACCAGAGGGCGAUGCAACCCAAUCUGAGACCUUAGGUCUCUUCCUGAGCCUCUGCCCCUGAAGCCACGGCCUCAUCUGCAUGAAUUGAGAGAGGGUUGCAGUGUGGGCAACCCUGAGGCAGCCCUGAAGCCUAACUGCGCCCAUCUUGAGGCAGAGGGGGUUAAAGCAGUUCUCCAGACUGGUACCCUUGCCUCUCCUUUCCCCUGAAGUGCUCACAUAUGUGGAAUCAAAAGGUACCAGCCUAGGCUGCUUUUGUGGAACUUGUUCUGGAGGCGUGGCCCUGCAGCAAGGGAACCUUUUCACCAGCAAGGGAACCAGAGAGGGACAGCUGGGGACUCAUGCCCCAGCUCUUGUGUCCAGUUACAGUGCCUUCUUUCUACCCUGGGGGCAACGGGGAGCAGGGAUGCCGCCCCCAAGACCCAAUUUGUGUGCCUUUUCUGAGACCCAACUUGGAUACUUCAGCAGGCACCGAUUCUUCCUGCCUCUGGGCUGAAGAACUUUGGCAAGGUUCUGGGGCAGGGAGGGAGCAUGAAGUACAAGGAAAACUUGAAUUCCAGAUUUUUAAUACAAAAUAUUUAUCAUUUGUACCAGAAAUAAAAGUCGUUUAAGUUUUCACUCA